AUGGGCAAGAAGAGACGCGGUCCCACGUUGGACGAGCUCAUGGCUCGUCCGUGGUGCUACUACUGCGAGCGCGACUUUGACGACCUGAAGAUCCUCACCCUGCACCAAAAGGCCAAGCACUUCAAAUGUGAGCGCUGUGGUCGCAGGCUGAAUACUGCCGGUGGUCUAUCGGUCCACAUGAGCCAGGUUCACAAGGAACAGCUCACGGAGAUUGAGAAUGCUCUGCCCAACCGGUCAGGUCUCGAUGUGGAAAUCUUUGGUAUGGAGGGUGUUCCCGAUGAUGUUCUCCAGGCUCAUCAGCAGCGUGUGGCGGCUCAGUUCCACCAAGCUGAGGCGGAGCGACAGGCCGUGACCGGUAACCCACCAGCUGGCAGCGGUGCUGGGGGUCAGCCAAACAAGAAGCCCAAGUUGGAGGAUUUCUCGGAUCUAAAGGCGCGAUUGGCAGCGCAUCGUGCCAAGCGUGCCGAGGCCGCUGCUGGCGGUAGCAGUGGAGAGGCGACACCUUUGGGUGCCGGACAGACUGUGUCCACUCCUACCACAUAUGGACAGCCACCAGCCACAGCCUCACCAGUACACCAACAGCAGCCCCCAGUUUCGCUCACCUAUCCCCCACCCUACGGAGGCGCUGCGGUCCCCGCCACUGCCCCAUACCAACAUCAAGCCGCAAGCCCAGUUUACCCGUCAUUCUCGCCCCCUGGCGCUGCUCCAUACGCACCGUCCCCAGUUGCUGCCGCGCCUUAUGCCCCCGCUUAUUCGCCUCAACCAUACCUCCAGCCCGCCGCACCCAUGGGCUAUGGAGUUACUCCCCCUCCAUUCCCUCAACAACACACUCCUCCAACAGACACCGGUCUCCCUCCUCGACCUGGUAGCUUGCCUACACUCGCCGGCCUCCCUCAACGACCUGCAUUCGCCGCGCCUCCUAUCAACGCCCAACAAAUGCAACAGAUGCACAUGGGUCACCCAGCCCCGCCCGCACCAGCGCCUGGCUACUCCAAUGGCAACGCAACUCAAACACCGGGCGGGGUCUCGUCUUCCGUUGAUGAUUUGAUUUCGAGCGCAGCCAAGGAAGCUGCCGCAGCGGAGAAGCCAGCCAAGAAGGACAAGGCCAAGAAUACUCGGAUGAUUUAUUCAGACGAGAACGUCAGCCCCGAAGAGAAAAUGGCCAAGCUCGCGCGAUAUGCCUUUUCACGACAGAUGUUCCAGCAAGAGACCGCGCUUGGCGAGAUCCCCGGCUCAAUUGUUGUGGGCACGAUUCGCGACCAGGACAAGGUCAUCGACCCGGCGCAUUAA